AAACUAUUGAAGAAAAAAUCAUCCCUACUGAGCUGUUACAAGUUGGAGAUAUCGUCAAAGUCAUUCCAGGAGAUAAGAUCCCUGCUGAUGGAAUUUUAUUAUCCGGAGAAUCAACAAUUGAUGAAUCCAUGGUAACAGGAGAAGCAUUUCCUGUAAAAAAACGCCAAAACGAUUCAGUUAUCGGUGGAACAGUUAACGGGUCAGGAAAAUUUGAAAUGAAAAUUAUGCGUGCGGGAAGUGAUACAGCACUAGCACAAAUCGUGAACCUUGUAAAAGAAGCACAAACUUCAAAAGCUCCCAUACAAGAACUUGCAGAUACUGUAGCAGGAUAUUUUGUUCCUGUAGUUGUAAUGUUAGGAGUUCUUACAUUUACCACUUGGAUGAUCCUUUCAAAAGUUUUAGAUCCACCACCAGAUAUUUUUAAAGAUGACAAUAACCGUUUAGUAAUCUGUUUUAAACUUAGCAUUUCUGUAAUCGUAGUCGCGUGUCCGUGCGCUUUGGGACUUAGCACACCAACGGCCGUAAUGGUUGGAACCGGAGUUGGAGCUCAGAAUGGAAUAUUAAUUAAAGGUGGUAAUUCACUCGAAGCCGGACAUAAAGUUAAUCAAGUAAUCUUUGAUAAAACCGGAACUUUGACCAAAGGUCAACUAGAUGUAGCACAUUUUGAGCUUUUAACUGAUAACCUAGAAAUAACAAAAGAAACAUUCUUUGCCAUUGUUGGUGCCGCAGAAUCAUGUAGCGAGCAUCCUUAUGGGAAGGCAAUUGUAACUUACGGAAAACAACUUUUAGAAAUAGAUAAUUAUGAUGCUGAAAUCACCGAUUUUGAAGCGAUCUCUGGACAAGGUAUAAAAUGUAAUGUUGUGCUAAAUACUUCAUACUCAGAGGUACCACCAAUUACAAACAUCACGAGUACUGUAGGCAAAUCUUUUAAAGUCUUGGUCGGAAGCUCUAAAUUAAUUUCUGAUGAAAAUCAUAUAUUGAUUCCACCUUCGGCCAUAAACAUUGGAGAGGAUCAUGAAUGUCGUGGGCAAACGGUUGUCUUUGUAGCGAUCAAUGGCGAGUUCACGGGGCUUAUAUGUCUUUCUGAUAUAAUUAAACCAGAAGCAAAAAUUGCUGUCGCUGCAUUGCACAAAAUGGGUAUAGGUGUUACGAUGGUCACAGGUGAUCGGUUGUUAACAGCUCAAACAAUAGCAGAACAGUGCGGCAUUACUAAAAUUCAUGCUGGCGUAUCCCCUAAAGGUAAAACGAACAUUAUUAAGUCCCUUCAACUGGAAGGGUCCGGUAAUGUAGUUGCAAUGGUUGGAGAUGGAAUAAAUGAUUCCCCUGCGUUAGCCGCAGCUGAUGUAGGAAUUGCACUUUGUUCAGGAACGGAUAUCGCGAUCGAAGCUGCGGAUAUGGUUCUUAUGAGGUUAGAUCUUUUAGAUGUUGUGGCUGCAAUAGAUUUAUCGCGUACAAUUUUCCGUAGAAUUCGAAUGAACUUCGUGUGGGCUUCUCUGUAUAAUGUCCUUGGAAUUCCUAUUGCUAUGGGUAUCUUUGUUCCGUGGGGAUUAUAUUUACAUCCAAUGAUGGCAGGGGCUGCUAUGGUUUUUUCGAGUGUUAGUGUUGUAUGUUCUAGUUUGAUGCUCAGAUGGUGGACUAAACCUAUAUGGGUAAACACUAGGAAGGGUGGCGUGAAAAAACUUAAUGCUGUAGAUCGAUUUGUGAAUAGAAUGAAGAGCUUUUUUAGAUCGAAUGACACCACAUUAAAUGAAUUUAGAUAUACGCGUUUGCCAGAAGCCAAUUGA